GAGGUCGUACGUUGGAAGCAAUGUUGACUGGGAAGUCAGGUUGAAAUAAAAUGGCUGUGAAACUAGAGGGGCCGCUAUCAAAAUGGACGAAUGUUGUCAAAGGGUGGCAAUAUCGUUGGUUUGUAUUGGACGAAAAUACAGGACUGCUUUCCUACUAUACGUCUAAGGAUAAAAUGAUGCGAGGAGCAAGAAGAGGCUGCCUUCGACUAAGAGGUGCUCAAAUUGGGAUUGAUGAUGAUGAUGAUAGUACAUUUACAAUAAGUAGUGAUCAGAAAAUAUUUCACUUUCAAGCUCGUGAUUCUAAAGAGAGGGAAAACUGGAUCAAAGCAUUAGAGGAAACAAUCAAUUGUCACUCACAAAAUGACAAAUUCCCUGCUUUUUCUGUUCCUACCGAAGAAGAACUCAACCACAGAAUGGCAGAGGCAGAAGCCUAUUUCAGAAUCCUUACACAGCAAGUUAAGACUUUAGAGAAUCAGAUUAAUGGUACAACAUCGGAGCAUUGCAUUAUUCUAAAGGAUUCAAUGACUAAAAUGAUUGAAUCGAUUGGCCAAACAUUGGAAUUGCUUAAUUUAGCAAAGACAACAAUGUUGAAAAAGAUGCCUGUACCGAUUCUAUCUCAAGAUUCAUCUAUCAUAAAACCAGUUGCAAGCGAGGCAUUACCAACAAACCAAGAGUCAGUCAGCUUGAAUGGUAGCAGUGACAGUAGGACACAAAGCACGGAGGCUGCCGAGAAAGAACUAAACACUGGCAAAGAAAUUGAUAGUAACGGGGAAAGAAGUUCGGCGGAAAUUGGACACGAUUUUGAAGACAUUACUGUGAAUUCAGAAGCAAAUACCGUUGUACAAACGCCAGUUGUGCCUAAAAUUGAUAUUGAAGAAGUCAAGGACGAAACGGCUGCUUUACCUCUUGAAAACAAAAAUGGUCUAUCAGACGAUGGCAAUAUGGACAAUAGCUCGCUGAUAGCUGCCUUACGGGCCGUUGAGACUGUACCGUGUACCUCUUACUCGAGUAGUGACGAUGACGAUGAUGACGACGAUGCAGAAUUCUUUGAUGCUAAUGAGUACAAUGAAAUUACUGGUGAAGAUGUCCAGGCGUCCACUGGCCUAGGUCACACAUCAGAGUUGCUGUCAGAUACCGUAAUCAGUCACCAAGACGAGAAAUCUCGAGCUCGAACAAUAUCGUACUGCGAGGAAGAUGAUGACGAUGCAGAAAAGAGUGGACAAGGAGGGCCAGUUGAGCAACAAGGCUCAGUUAUCACUCAUCUUCUGUCACAAGUAAAGAUCGGAAUGGAUUUAACCAAGGUCACACUACCUACUUUCAUUUUGGAAAGGAGAUCCUUGCUUGAAAUGUAUGCUGACUUUUUUGCUCAUCCAGAUAUUUUCAAGGGAAUUCCAGAUUUGAAAGACCCAAAGAGCCGAAUGAUCCAGGUCUUGAAAUGGUAUUUGUCAUCGUUUCAUGCCGGAAGAAAGGGCUCUGUUGCAAAGAAACCGUAUAACCCAAUACUUGGAGAAAUAUUUCAAUGCAAAUAUGACUUAACUGACGAAAAAUCCAAUUCAACUGAUGAUGUUGUUUCUGACGGUCCAGUUGCGUUUGCAACGAAAGAAGAUGUCAGUUUCCUGGCCGAGCAGGUGUCUCAUCAUCCACCAAUUUCUGCUUUCUAUGCCGAGUGCUACAAUAAAAGGAUCUGUUUUAAUUCAUAUAUCUGGACAAAGUCAAAAUUCCUUGGACUUUCGAUAGGAGUUAAUAUGGUUGGGGAAGGUAGAACCUAUGUUCUAGACCACGAUGAAGAAUACACAAUGACCUUUCCAAGCGCAUACGGCCGAUCAAUACUGACAGUGCCUUGGGUUGAGCUUGGAGGCAAAACCGAGAUCACGUGUGCAAAAACAGGCUACAGAGCGGAUGUAGAGUUUCACACCAAGCCUUUUUACGGUGGAAAGAGGCAUCGAGUUACUGCCGAGGUUUUUGGGCCAGGUGAUAAGAAGCCGAUCAUGUCAGUUAAUGGUGAAUGGAAUGGCGUAAUGUACGCCAUGUACCCUAAUCAGAAGGAGCCAGAGGUCUUCGUGGAUACAUUUACGAUGCCAAUUGUCAAGAAGCAAGUUCAAUCGAUAGCGAAGCAGCAGAAACACGAAUCAAGAAGAUUGUGGCAGGAAGUUACUAGAAAUCUCAAAAUGGGAAAUAUUGAAAAGGCAACUGAGGCUAAACAUGGGUUAGAAGAAAGGCAACGAGCAGACGCAAAGGAAAGGAAAGAAAAAGACACGAAAUGGAUGACAAGGGAUUUCGACGAGUAUGAAAAUGCUACGUUUGUAUAUAAACAACCAUUGUGGAAACGCUUACCUUCAAAUUAAGACGAAAAAGAUAAGAUGAGAUAGAUAUUUGUAGUUUAAAAAAAUUAAAUGGAAAUUUGUUGUAAUCAAAAUUCUUUCUUGAAUAGAUUCUAUUAGCAUUGAAUUGAAUUAAA